CGCGGCUGAGCGCCUCGGAGCCCGCGGGGGGAGCUGCGGCGGGGAUCCGGGCCGAGGCGGCGGCGGCGGCGGCGGCCGAGGAAGCGGAGGAGGAGGAGGCGGGAAGUGGGCUGCGGCGGGCCCGCGGCGGCGGCGGGGCGGCGCGGAUGUCGGGCUGGGCGGACGAGCGCGGCGGCGAGGGCGACGGCCGCAUCUACGUGGGGAACCUUCCGACCGACGUGCGGGAGAAGGACCUGGAGGACCUGUUUUACAAGUACGGCCGCAUCCGCGAGAUCGAGAUCAAGAACCGGCACGGCCUCGUGCCCUUCGCCUUCGUGCGCUUCGAGGACCCGCGAGAUGCUGAGGAUGCAAUUUAUGGAAGAAAUGGUUACGAUUAUGGCCAGUGUCGACUUCGUGUGGAAUUCCCCAGGACUUUCGGAGGUCGGGGUGGGUGGCCCCGUGGUGCAAGGAAUGGGCCUCCUACAAGACGAUCUGACUUCCGAGUUCUUGUUUCAGGACUUCCUCCAUCAGGCAGCUGGCAGGACCUGAAAGAUCACAUGCGCGAAGCUGGGGAUGUCUGUUAUGCAGAUGUACAAAAGGAUGGAAUGGGGAUGGUUGAAUAUCUGAGAAAAGAAGACAUGGAAUACGCUCUGCGUAAACUGGAUGACACAAAAUUCCGCUCUCAUGAGGGUGAAACUUCCUACAUCCGAGUCUAUCCUGAGAGAAGCACCAGCUACGGCUACUCCCGGUCCCGGUCCGGGUCCAGGGGCCGUGACUCUCCGUACCAAAGUCGGGGCUCUCCACACUACUUCCCUCCUUUCAGGCCUUACUGAGGACGGUGGGGGAAGCUUCUCCAUUUUUUUAGAUGCGCUGAGCUGCUCCGUGCUCAGAAUCUACAUUCCAGAUUGAUAAUUUAGCGUCUUAGGAAAUUUUUUAAUUUCUUUCUUUCUUUCUUUUUUCUUUUUUAAGGAAAUAUAUAAUUUCAGCCAGGGCCACCGCACUAGCAGUGAACUGUUUUAGACUGCAGAGGUAGAGGUUGUGGCUUUGGAACAGAAACAAGUUGUAUGUUUUUCACCCGAUUAUGGGACAGAAAUCAGUGCUGCAUCCUUGUGGGCUGCUGUGCUCUGGAGGUCAGCAGUUACCACGACUGAGUCGCCCAUUUUGUUGAGAAAUAUAUUUUAAAUGUUUAGUA